UCCGGUUGAGCGCCGGUCGCGUCCCUCGGUUUUGGGGCGUGACAGUUUGAUUGUCAAAGCUUACCUUUAGAAUGGUUCAAUGUGGAAAAAAAGGCAAAAAUAGGCAAGGAACGCAUAUGACCUUGGAGAUUAGGCAAAAAUAGGCAAGACCCUGCUCGGGACUUUGCUGAAAAAAUGUGCUCUCCUUAUCUUUUGUUACUAUUUAGGCUGAAUCUGUUGCAUUCUUAUUGAUCUUCAUCAUUCUUUUACAAGACAGGAUUGACCGGAUUUGACAUUUGUUGAGCUGUUUCUUCAGCUUGUUCAUAAUAAUGCUUCCCAUGUCUUCGUCCGUGACAAAUUUUUGCCUCUUCUUUUCCUUUUCUUCAGCUGAAAAUGCUUUUCGUUUUUUGGAAUUACAGCCUUUCUUUUUCUUGGUUAGAGAAAUUUAACAGAGAUAUUUUCUUUCUUCUUCAUUUUUUUGGGUGCCUUUCUUCUCUGCCAAUUGUCUGUCUCUGUUUCAUUGCAUGGUCUUCUUGAUUACACAUUGGGUUAGAGAAAUUUAACAGAUGUUUCAUUUUAUUUUUAAUGAUUGUGCCUCCUGGCAGUUCACUUGAGGGAUCUUUUGCAUUGUGUUAAUUCCUCUUGAACUUGAAGACUAUGUCCAUCACACUUAUUAUCACAUUGAGUAUUAGCCAAUCUCCUCUUUUUUGUAACAGUACCAUUGCCUAAAGUCUUUCUCUGUUUAAUCUUCUCAAUCAAAUGCUGAACAAAGAGAGGAUUCUUGAAAACUUUUGCCAUAAAGAUUACCAUAUACUUUUGCCUCGUCUCACUAUUCUGUAACCUCUCUUUAACAGUAGCUAAGUAGCUUUCUAUGCUCUCUUGUUGUUGUUUUAGACUCUGGACUUCCAUUUUCUAUGUGUUUUGAUCCUUUUUCAGCUUCUCUAAUUCAGCCUCAAUACCAUCUUUAUUGCAAGAACCGAGCCAAGAUUGUGCUGAUCCAUUAUGGAUGAUCAUUGUAUCCAUUAUGGAUUAAUGUGAUGUGUUGUGUAUGAGAGAGAUAUCCAGAAUUAAAUGCUGGAUUCAAGUUGGCAGAUUUGUGCAUGUUUGCUUAUGAUGAUUUCUGUUUGCAAUGAGUUCUCUGGAGGCAGUUUCGCGCAUAGCCUAGCAUAAUUCUGGUAUGCCGUAGCCCAAGCGUUACGAGAACUUCCAGAACACCUUUCAGUCAGCACUUACAUCACAAGCACGACCAACACCUUCAGGUCAUGUUGCAGCAAAUCCGAUUCAGUCAGAUCAGACCACAACACAGCAGGUUCCAUCAGCCCGGGCUGCGUCACAACACCCACCAUCUAGAAAGCGUAGUGGACGUGUGUCUUUGCAACAUUGGACUGUAGAUGCAAUAGAUUCGCAAGGAGCUAGCAAGAUACUUAAAGUGAAAAAAGGGACGUGUUAAAUUUAUCUAAUGGAGAACGCAUUGUGGUUGAUUUUGACUACACGGAUUCUCCCAUUGGUGAAGGACAAGGCGUUCUUGCAGGCUUUUGCGGAAUUUUAGCAACCAACGGCUCCAUUUUUCCAAUUCACUUUGAGAAAUGGCCGGAUUUACCUGUGACAACCUUCAACCGUCGUUAUGAUCAAUUUAUAAAGCCUCGAUUUUGUUUUAGGACAACUGAGUCAAAUGCAAGACGAUAUUUUUAUAAUUCUAUGUGUAAGAAGUGGGGCGCAAAAAGGCUAAAGCUGUUUGAUAAGGUCUAUGAUCCACUUAAGAGCAGAGCUGAGAUAAUGGAUAGUGUUCCACUAGGGAUUCCACCAGAUCAAUGGAUUUCUUAUGUUGAUUACCGCUUUAAAGAAAAAACACAGGAAACUUGUAAAAGAAAUGCUGAAAUUCGAAAGAAACAAAUUGUUUCACAUAUCGGUGGCUCCAAACCUAACUCCAGAAGAAGGGCUGAAAUGAUGGCUGAGACUGGACAAAAGCCUGGACGAGGACAACUUUAUCUGAUACACAUAGGAAUGAAGAUGGAUCAUAUGUUAAUGAGGCGGCAAAAGAGAUAUGAAAAAAUUGAACUAGCAUUGGCCCAAAGCACCGUGGAUGAGUCUGAAAUUUCGCCAAAUAAUGUUGUUGGUAAGGUGUUGGGAAAAGAGCAAUCUGGAAGGGUAAGGUGCUUAGGAUUAGGAGCUGUUCCUAGCAGAGCUUUUAGACAAACAAGACCUCGUUAUAGUGAUUUGAAUGCUUCAAGUUAUAAUAAUGGUUCAUGUUCUUCCCAAUGCCAAGAGAAGUACAAUCAAAUGUUGAAUGCUCACAAUCAAAGCCAGGAGCACUACAGAGAAAUGAUGAAUGUUAACACUCAAAUUAUGAAUGCUAACACUCAAAUGAUGAAUGCUUUUAAGGCGUAUAUGAUAAUGAAAGAAGGGAAGAUACCUGAAAAAUUUGCAGGGAUAUUUGUUUCUCCUCCUCGUUCAACGCCAAGUGAUGCGGCUAGCGGAUCCAUUUUACCCACGGAUAUAAGAAGAUCAUCCGAUGGAAGUAAUCCUAACGACAACCAUUGAAGUUUCUUGCAAAUGUAUUAGGUAAUUAAGUAUCGUACUCGAUUGAAUGAUCAUAGUAGAUCUUUUGUCCAUAAUGGUUGGAGUGGAUGUUAUGUUUAAUGUUAGUUUUAAGACUUAUAAUAUUGAUGUUUUGUGUUUAAUGGU